UCCGCACAGUGUAUUUUUGACUGCGAAGCGCGUACGACGUGUGUCUGUGUUGCGUUGCGUUCGAAUAAAAAAGAGAAGAAAAGCGAAAAAGCGUUGCCGUCGGUGAAGUUUAUUAUUAUUAUGAUUAUUAUUAUUGCCCGUUAACCACGCGUUUUGCCAUCAAUCAACAAAUAAACAACACAAGAAACACAUUGGAAAUCGCGCGCGUUUUUCCAUCGCGCGAACAAAACAAUCACGUUUUUUAGUGUUUUUCAAUCACAAUCGAAAAGUUCUCCUUUUCACAAUUGAAGGCCAAAAUAAAUACUGUUAUUUGAGGGCCGCGGAGGGAAUUUCUUUCAACGAGGGGAUCCCGCCGAUCCCCCCGCAAAAACAAAGAAACACGCAAAUUGCCGUCGCAAAAACACAACAGAAUAUAUUGCAUUAUAUAUUAACAAUAUAAUUUGUUCAUCUCUAGUAACGUAGUAUGUAGAAGCAGCUGUGAUAAAUAGUGCGCAUAUUAUACGAAAAAAGCAAAAAGAGUAUACGACAAACAAAUAAAAAUAAAAAGCAACCACAACUACUACUAUAAAAAUAACCAAGGAAAAGGAAAGGAAACUCGCAAAACGAGAGAGAGAGGAAAAGGGAAAACGCCAUGGAUUUAUGACAACAAUAAAUGCAACCCAGUAACAAAUGAUGUUGCAGCAACUACUACAAUACACGAGUAUACCAAGAACAACAACAACAACUGCAACGGCAACCAACAACAAAUUGUAUACGAUUUUUAUAAACCAAACAAAUGCUAUGUAAAUAAUUAUUAUAACAAACACACAAGUAAAAAACAUUCAAAAACAGAUCUCCCGCUCUAGAAAACAAACAACAAACGCGCGCGUAACAAAAACCACAACAUCAACAAUACAACAAGUAUACAAACGUAAUAAUAAUACAUAAAAUCUAAACAAAUGUGCCUGUGUUAAAUAAAAAAGAAAGCAAAAUCAAGAAGCAAAGCGUUCAAAAAGCAAAGGCUUCCCAAUACAUGAAAAAAGUGCAAAACAUAUAUAAAAAUCCAAGAAAAUAAAAUCCAAAACUCAAGAACUGGAAAAGCCAAGAGCAAAUCUACGGACUCCACACGGGUAGCUACAGUAGAGCUUCCCUAAAGCCGAAGCAGUUGCAGCGGCGGAGCGGGACGUCGGUCAGUGUGUUGCGCCCCCAUUUGUUGUUCCUACUGUAAAAAGUGGCACAAAUCGGGUUAGACGUCGCUCCCAGAGCAUUAAUGGCUCAGCCCAGGUAUGACGAUGGCCUACACGGCUACGGCAUGGACUCCGGAGCCGCAGCAGCGGCCAUGUACGAUCCACACGCCGGUCACCGGCCGCCCGGAUUGCAGGGCCUCCCCUCGCACCACUCUCCGCACAUGACGCACGCAGCGGCGGCGGCGGCCACAGUGGGCAUGCACGGCUACCAUUCGGGGGCCGGGGGUCAUGGAACACCUAGUCAUGUAUCGCCGGUCGGUAAUCACCUAAUGGGCGCAAUACCCGAAGUACACAAACGUGAUAAGGAUGCGAUUUAUGAACAUCCGCUAUUCCCGCUUUUGGCGCUGAUCUUUGAGAAGUGCGAAUUGGCCACAUGUACGCCGAGGGAGCCCGGUGUGCAAGGUGGCGAUGUCUGUUCGUCGGAAUCGUUCAACGAGGAUAUUGCAAUGUUCAGUAAACAGAUAAGAUCACAGAAACCCUAUUAUACCGCAGAUCCCGAAGUCGACUCACUGAUGGUGCAAGCAAUACAAGUACUUCGGUUUCACCUUUUAGAAUUAGAAAAAGUACACGAGUUAUGCGAUAACUUCUGUCAUCGGUAUAUAUCGUGUUUAAAGGGUAAAAUGCCAAUAGAUUUAGUGAUCGACGAACGGGACACCACCAAACCACCGGAGUUGGGAUCGGCGAACGGAGAAGGGCGCAGCAACGCCGACUCCACAUCGCACACCGAUGGAGCUAGUACACCAGACGUUCGGCCGCCGAGCUCAUCGCUGUCCUACGGCGGCGCAAUGAACGAUGACGCCCGAUCGCCGGGCGCUGGUAGUACUCCCGGUCCACUGUCACAGCAGCCACCUGCCCUAGAUACAUCAGACCCUGAUGGUAAGUUCUUAUCAUCACUCAAUCCUUCAGAACUAACAUAUGAUGGACGAUGGUGUCGAAGAGAAUGGUCCUCACCUGCCGAUGCUCGCAAUGCGGACGCUUCCCGGCGAUUGUAUUCCUCAGUCUUCCUCGGUAGUCCUGACAACUUCGGAACGAGUGCAAGCGGUGAUGCCAGCAAUGCCAGCAUAGGAAGUGGAGAGGGCACCGGCGAGGAGGACGACGAUGCGAGCGGCAAAAAGAACCAAAAGAAACGUGGCAUUUUCCCAAAAGUAGCAACCAACAUAUUGAGAGCGUGGCUUUUUCAGCAUUUAACGCAUCCCUACCCAUCCGAGGACCAGAAGAAACAAUUGGCCCAGGACACCGGCCUAACGAUACUGCAAGUGAAUAAUUGGUUCAUCAAUGCGCGGCGGAGAAUCGUCCAGCCCAUGAUCGAUCAAUCGAAUCGUGCAGUCUAUACACCGCAUCCAGGUCCCUCCGGAUAUGGCCACGACGCCAUGGGCUACAUGAUGGACAGCCAGGCGCAUAUGAUGCACCGUCCGCCCGGAGAUCCGGGCUUCCACCAGGGCUAUCCGCAUUACCCGCCCGCCGAGUACUACGGCCAGCACUUGUAAUCCUCGUAAUCCGGCCCCGACCCGGAACCGGAAAUGAAACUGGAACUGGAACCAGAGAGCUCUCCGCCGGAAGCGAUCAAGCCAAAAUCAUAGCUUAAAUUUUACCACCACCCAACACUGGAGACGAAGGAAGAAGUACGAAGGAGCUGAAUACACAUGGAUCCGAUCCCAAAACUAAAGCAUACCGCGUGGCAAUAUCAGUCAAGUAAUAUCAAACAAAAAACAACAAGCAAAGAACAACAACCGUAGUAAAAUCUAUAAAACAUGAUAUUAGCUAAGCAACAGCGACAAAAACAACAACAACAAAAGAAACA